AUGCUUUUAGUGCCGGAUCAGCUUCUUCACUACCUAUACGGUCUCCCGCCGCCGGCUACCGGUAAGCGGAAAGAGCCUAUGAAAGUCCUGGCUGUUGGCAUUUCCAGAUCUGGAACUGAAUCUCUUCGCGAGGCUCUACAUAUUCUGGGCUUUGAUCAUACGCACCAUGGAUUUGAUACAAUCUUGCCCCCUUCGUCGCUUGAGGCGACUUAUCGACUACUUCAAAAAAAAUACAAGACAACUCCCGGCAAAGGCAGCGUGAAGCUUACUGCCGAGGACUUUGACACAGUCUUAAGUGAAUGUGUCGGCGUCAGUGACCUGAUGGCGGCCGAGUUUGCGCGCGAUUUGAUUGCGGCGUAUCCAAAUGCGAAGGUUAUCCUGAAUAUUCGUCACGAUCUCGAUAGCUGGUACAAAAGCAUGGAGCAGACCAUGGGAUAUUUUGAUCGAAACCCUUUUGACUGGGACUGGUGCAAAAGUUGGUUUUGUGCUGAUUUAUUCUGGAUCCGUCAAACUAUGUGCCGCUCAAUGAUGCCCCGAUUCUUUCGUGGUAGCUUUCAGUCCAAUGGCAAGUGGAUCUAUGAAGAACAUAUUGCUAUGAUACGUGGCCUCGGACUUCCCGACGACAAACUCCUGGAAUGGUCCGUGGAAGAUGGCUGGGAGCCUCUCUGCAGAUUUUUAAAUAAAGAAAUUCCACCGCAGGACUUUCCCAAUGGUAACCCUCCCAAGGCUUGGGCAGAGCGCAUUGCCAAAACUCUGGAAUUUCAUCAUCGACGAGCUCUAAGGAAUAUGCUUAUUGCCGCUGCUUUUUUCAUUGGAAUAACUAGCUGUAUAGGAGGCUAUCUAGGAUUUUUUGGAAUUUCAAGGGCGAAAUAG